GCUUGCGCGUGCGGUUGAGGAUGGGUUGGCGGCGGGUCCGGGUCUGCAGGCUGGCUCUGUGGGCGGCGGGCCAUGGUUGGUUGGAUUGAGCUGCGCCGGCCUGGGGCGCUCAGCUGGACUGGGUGGCAGUGAGCGGAGGUUGCAGGCUCCAUUUGGCUGAUUGGGGAGUCGGCAGGAGGCAGGUAAGAGCGAAGCCGCGGCCUUUGCUCCUCAGUUCUGUCUCUUUUUCUAGGGUCGGGCCCUGUUGCGGGGCCUUACGGUGAGCCCGGCUUCCUGCUGUCUCCUCGCCGAUCCCUGCACGUCCGUCCUGUCCUCUAGCCAGGCGGAGUGCACCUUCCGGGCAGUCGUAACGCGCGAAGCUGGAAGGAGGCCAACCGACCCAUCCUCGCCCAUUUCACAGAUUUGCAAGCUCAGAUCCGGAGAUAGGAUUUUGAAUUGCCCAGUGUCUCGAAGAUAGUUUAAGGAGCAAUGCGGGGCCAGUGGAGCCUGCUGCUGGGCCCGGCCCGCCUCUGCCUGCGCCUGCUUCUGCUCCUGGGCUCCAGGCGCCGCUGCCCUCCCCUGCUCCGGGGGCUGGUACAGCGCUGGCGCUACGGAAAGGUCUGCCUGCGCUCCCUGCUCUACAACUCCUUCGGGGGCAGUGACACCGCUGUCGAUGCUGCCUUUGAGCCUAUCUACUGGUUGGUGGACAACGUGAUCCGCUGGUGUGGGGUGGUGUUCGUGGUGCUGGUGAUCGUGUUGACCAGCUCUAUCGUGGCCAUUGCCUACCUUUGUGUCCUACCCCUCAUCCUCCGAACCUACUCAGUGCCACGACUCUGCUGGCAUUUCUUCUAUAGUCACUGGAAUCUGAUCCUCAUCGUCUUCCAUUACUACCAGGCCAUCACCACUCCACCUGGAUAUCCACCCCAGGGCAGGAAUGAUAUUGCAACAGUCUCCAUCUGUAAGAAGUGCAUCUACCCCAAGCCAGCCCGGACACACCACUGCAGCGUCUGCAAUAGGUGUGUGCUGAAGAUGGAUCAUCAUUGUCCCUGGCUAAACAACUGUGUGGGCCACUAUAACCAUCGGUACUUCUUCUCUUUCUGCUUUUUCAUGACUCUGGGCUGUGUCUACUGCAGCUACGGAAGUUGGGACCUUUUCCGGGAGGCUUAUGCUGCCAUCGAGAAAAUGAAACAGCUCGACAAGAACAAACUACAGGCGGUUGCCAACCAGACUUAUCACCAGACCCCACCACCCACCUUCUCCUUUCGAGAAAGGGUGACUCACAAGAGUCUUGUCUACCUCUGGUUCCUGUGCAGUUCUGUGGCACUUGCCCUGGGUGCCCUAACUGUAUGGCAUGCUGUUCUCAUCAGUCGAGGUGAGACUAGUAUCGAAAGGCACAUCAACAAGAAGGAGAGACGCCGGCUGCAGGCCAAGGGCAGAGUUUUUAGGAAUCAUUACAACUAUGGCUGCUUGGACAACUGGAAGUUAUUCCUGGGUGUGGACACAGGAAGGCACUGGCUCACUCGGGUGCUGUUACCUUCCAGUCACCUGCCCCAUGGGAAUGGAAUAAACUGGGACCCCCCUCCCUGGGUGACUGCUCAGUCAGCCUCUGUGAUGGCAGUGUGAGCUGGAUUCUGUCAGCCACAACUUGAGCAUCGCCCUGCUUUCUCCAUUAUCUCAAGGCCUCCAAGGGUGGCUUCUUGGAACCCUUGAGCAAAAAGAGCCAGUGGGCCUGCCUUAGGGUACUAUGCAGGGACAACUCAAGGGCCUAUCUCCAGGCCACUGCAGCAGCAAGGCAUGAUGUGGAGAAAUCCUAGGACUGAUGUUCCUUCACUCAGGCAAAAAAGUUCCAGCCGCAGACUGGAGAUUAGGCAGCUAGCAACCUUGCCAGGUGCUGACCCCAACCUCCAGAUUACAGCACUGGAGUUGGCCACCACCUCUCCCACUUGCUGUCUAAGAAAAUACCUGAAUGGUUGAACUGAGAUCCUAGCUUCUCAACAGGGCAAAGGUACCAGGCCUGCUGCUGAGGUCACUGCCACUUCUCACAUGCUGAAGGGAGCAAAAAUA